AUGCAUCAUUCCGAUGUGACGACUCGCUCUGCCUGUCUGUCCCUGAAGGGAUCUAAUAUGCCCUCUACUUAUAUUGACGCCCCAGCCGUCCACUACGAUGAAUACCGACGAUUAGAUGCCGUGCUAUCAUUGUUAUUUCCUUCCACCGUUCGGGUGCAACAGUCGCGGAAUAUCACCGGUCAUAUUCAUUCUUUACGCCGUCUCACCCUGUCCAAUGGACUUCGUCUACUAUUGAAAAGCUCGCCCUAUCCAGGUACCCCACUACUUCGACAAGAACGCUUCUAUCUUGAAACCGAGGCACGGGUUCUGGCCCUGCUGGGCCAACAUGCAAAUCCCUGCAUCCCUCAACUCUAUCACUACGACCCGCGAGGGAGCAUUUUUGGUUCAGCCUUUCUACUCCGCCAGUAUGUGAAGGGAUCCAGUCUUGCCGAUAUGGAAAGCCAACUAAGUGUUCGGGAACGCAACGAUAUUGACCGUCACCUUGGUUUUCUGGCUACCACUAUCGGCCAAAAUGUGGCUCCCGGGUUUGGCUCGUUGCAACAAGUAGCCAUCGGCGCUGGCAAACGAUCCUGGCGUGAGGCAUUCUGUGCGUUGGUUGAAAGCGUGCUCCGGGAUGCCGAAGACAUGUUUAUUCAUCUACCCUACGCAGAGCUUCGACAUGAGCUGGUCCGCUUAGCUUCUGCACUUGACGAGGUUACUUUACCCCGUCUGACCGUGGUUGGAUUCGGUCGGUCGACACAUGUCAUCCUGGAUGAUGAGUCGAAGCAACUAUCCGGGGUGGUGGACUUCAGCAGCGCCUUCUGGGGCGACAUGCUGAUGGCAGAGAUAUUCGAAAGUCCAUCACUCGCAGUGGUAGAAGGGGCUGGAUUACCCCGCAUCAGAACGAAGAGAGAGAAUAUUCGGGUUUUGAUGUAUUCGUGCUACCGAUUGAUUUGCCAAAUCACCACACAAUACUAUCGAAACCGUGAUGAAUCCAAGGAGUUUGAUGCUCGCAGGCGACUGACUACCGACCUUGCCAACAUGGUAGCCAUCGAAUCGGUUUGA